GGGACUCUAACACCUUUUUUAACAAGUUGUCUGCUUACUUUUUCUGUGAUUAAUUCUUUUUUCCUAUGUUUUUAUUGCAUCUCUCAGAUUUUUGUGAAUUCUGGGUAAUGUAUUUCUCCCAUGUGGACCCCCGUCCGCCCCCCCUGAGAGAAUAUUCUGGACGCGCCUCUGCAGAGAGGGAACCCGUCCGGAGCUGCGCGCUCUCCAUCCCGCAGCGAACAGUGACGUCAGAGGGUCCUGCGGCGCUGCUGCGUCACGCAUGGGAUGCGGCAAAAGCGAAAAGUUUCAAGAAGCUGCGCACCUAUAGCGCCGAACGGCGCGUGGACACGUCCCGCUGAAGGUGUUUCCUCGCGGCCUUUGCGUCACACAUCAGCGGCGCGGCAGGUGAGCGUAAAGCCGGCGGGUGGGUGUGGUGCCAUUCCCACAGUCCUGCAAGCGAGUGCGCUGUAUAUAUAUCAGGGGCAAACUGGUGAGGCGACUUUCCGUUUACACCAAGCAGCGGAGCGGCAGAGGGACGCGGGCUGCGGCUCCUCCUGACACACUCUCCCCUUAGAGACAUUAGGGAUCCACGUCGGCUGCAGAGGAUGAACUUCAAAAACUUCAGGGAAUACCUCUCUUGGCUCUACUUCCAGUACCUGCUCAUAACUGGAAUCUACGUCCUGGAGCCGUGGGAGAAGUCCAUCUUCAACUCCGUCCUUUUCUCAGCCAUCGCCAUGGUGGUCUACACCUCGUACGUCUUCAUACCCAUCCACAUGCGUCUGGCGCUGGAGUUUUUCCACGAGAUCUUCGGUGGCCAGCCUGAGAGCACCAUGACGCUAAUGAACUAGUGGGGGGAAAAAAAGAGACAAAGAAUGACAUGAGCCAUAAAUCAUUUCUCAAACUCUCCAGCUUCCACUCUACAACUGCUCACAUGAUCUCAUCGAGACUAAAAGCAUGAGGAACCUUCUGGAAUCACCUAGAAAAACAAGCCUUACCGUCUUCUUUUCUACCCACCAGGCCUUAUCCCAUGGUAUUAACACACAUUUGUACCUUAUUUUCACACUGAAUGUCACAUUUCUUGUGAAAAAACUUUAUAUUUUUUACUUUCUUUGGCACAUGUCCUGUGUGAGUGCAUACCGACUGCAGGUUUUGCAUGAGAGGGUCAUACACGUGUCGUCUUUUGGCAUGUCUUCCUCCACAAGCAUUAGAGGAACAUUCCAGCAUCUGGAUGGAGACGAUGUGUGAGUGCAUGGAGCAGAGCAUGAUUUCUGGUUAAAAAGGCAUCAUUAGAAAUGAGUUAAAUUUCCCAGAAUGUGUGUGGAGGUUUAAGAGAAUUCUUCUUGGUUUUUUUUACAAGAAUCACUGCUUUUGUCCUUUUUUUAAGUUGUCUUUUUGCACUGUUGUGCUAUAGCUGACGGAGGACAGCGUGGGUGAUGUUGAGUGCCUGAUUUUAACAGAGAGCCCAAGCUAUGCAAAUGAAUCUUAAAAUCCAACAACUUGUUGGUUUGUUGCACAUUUUUGUUCCAAACUCAUACAUACUUUUUUAUGGAUUAGACCAGGAGUCUGCAACCUUAGGCUCCAGAGUGUUCGGCUUUGAAGAAAAAUGCUAAAGAUUUGGAUUAAUAAUAGAUUUGUUAGUUAAGUUUAGUUUAGUUUUUUUUUUUAGUUUAGUUUAGUUUUUGUUAGUUUUUAUUUAUUCUUUGAUUUUUAAAUGGAAUUAGUCUUACAAUAGUUGUCUUUUUUGUAUUUAUUGCUGACAUUACACUAAAUCAAGAGGCUUUACAAUUCCUCCAACAUGCACACAUGUCAGAUAAUGAAGCAAAAUGAUGGUAAAAUUGUUGAUUUAUUGUCAAAGUGGUUAUAUUCUUAAAUUGUGCCAAAGUUCCUAAAGUACAAUUGUAAAUCUACAGCAGCAGGAUGUUAUUUGGAUGCAUUUUAUUUUGAAAAAGACUUUCAUUUACUGCUGUCAAAAAGUAUAUAACACUGUUUAAUUAAAAUAUUGAAAAUCUUUAAAAGCUACAUUUAACAAAUUGAUGAUUUAAUGGCCACAAAAAUAGAAAUAAUUUUUUUUUAUUUCGAAUUUUUGGUUUUUAUUGAUACAAAUUUGGCCCAAACAUCUCUUUAAGGUUGCAGACCCCUCGGUUGGAAUGAAUAAUCGCACAAACGUGUGCCGAGCCCUUUCUUUUCACUGCUUUUUUAUUUUUUUUUUACCACCCGAUAUGUCAGAGUUGAAAAAUCUGCAUGAGCAAAUAUUGAUACAGCAAACUUUUAUGGUACAGGCUCAGCUUUAUUGACGAGGUAACUUCACUCAACUAUUGUUUGUUGUAUGAUGGUAAAUGUCAAGCCUGCGUCGCUCCAAAUGAAAAGCAAAAGAUAGUGUCUUCCACGACUGCAUUUGAUGUAAAAAAAUAUGUUUUUUUAUGCUUCACUUUCUGUUUAAUUGUUAGUGCGUUGGAUCAAGGGCUCACUGAUACGAGUAAACUGUAUAUUUGUGCACACUGAGUGGUCACAUUACCAAAAAAUUUUAUUAUUUAAUGUAUGUGAUCUCUUAAUGCCAUAAAAUAAUUUGUUCAAUAUUUAUAUUGUCUUUUUCUUAGCAGCAGAUGUCACCAGCAACAAAAACGAAGAGAUGUUUUUUUUUUUCUGUGUUCAUCAAAUGAAUGCUUUGUUCAUUCACAAUAGUGUCACAUUGCAGCAAUAAUCACAGAAUAAAGGCACCUGAUGAUA